CUGCCCUGUCUGGGAUUCCUGCGGGUCUUGUACGAGGUUAGCCUUAAAUGGCACCAGUGCGUGGUACUCGUAGGUGGUUUGAAGUGGAGGUAUGGGGGGGGAAAUAAUAAUAAUAAUCGGAAAUUGGAAAAUUGGAAAUUAAUGGUUAAUCAACCUUUUUCACCCACCCCCUCCCCUCCCCUACCCUGGCCUAGCUGAUCGCCAUUUAAAUAAAAUAUUACCUGUUCCCCUUCGUUCACUGCUUUGUUGAUUUCGUGGUUCUGAGGUUUUCGGUUUGGAGUUUUUUUUUUUGUUUUUUUUUUGUUUUUUUUGACGGAUUUAUUGACGCUUACGAUUAUUCACGAUGGCUUCGUCAACGGCAAAGAAUGGGGAGGCUGCGGACAAGGUUGGGCGACAUUGCCGUCGCUUUUGGUGGGUUUGGUUGAUCGCGUUCUGUUUGUUAGUGCUGAUCAUUAUGAUCAUUGUCGUAUACGCCAUUCUCCCCGCCGUCGGUCAGAAAGAACUCGACAAGACCGUCCUGAACUUACAUUCUUUCACAAUUCUUGAUCCAUCGCCGACUUCCCUAUUACUAUCCCUUAACAGCACUAUCACAGGCGCUGGGGGCAUCGCUGCCCAUUCCCGCCUUGACCCAAUGGAAGUCAUUUUUUUCUUGGAAAACCAUAAACCUAUCCAGCCAUUCAUGUCCCUUCAACUCCCGGGCAUCAAGGGAGGAAGCUCUGUCCCCGUCAUCACCACCAAUGUUACUACCGCGAUCACCUCCGUCCCCGCGUUGACGGAAUUCUCUGCAUCGUUAUUGGCCAGCGAGACCUUGAGGGUGGCUAUCCGCGGACGAACAACCCUGCGGGUAGGCAAGCUGCGUACGAAGGUCAACUACAACGAGGCCGUCACCAUCAAGGGUUUCAAUCGACUUGAUGGAAUGGAAAUCGAAGAAUACACCCUCCUGAAUCGGCAAGCCGAUGGCUCCAACCUCGCUGGCAAGGUCUUAAUUCCCAACCCCACCGUCUUUGAGAUCCAAAUGGGUGAUGUCCACAUCAACAUGUCCCUUAAUGGACAAGCUCUCGGAAAUGGUACUAUCCCUGGCCUCCAAAUCCGUCCGGGCAACCACACAUACGAUUUCCGCGCAAGGAUACAGAGCACCGCACUCGCCCCCCUCGUCACCGCUAUGGGAAGUGGUAAGCCCGUCGUAUUGGAUGUCCGUGGCAACGGCACCGACAUUAACGGUGUCAGCAUUCCGUGGCUGGCUGGACCGUUGAGCUCGUUGGACGUUAAAGUCCCGCUUAAGAUCCGGGGGUGA